AUGACUACAAUAACUUCUUCAAGAGGAAACACAGAAGUGGUCAGUGCCAGAAGAACGGAAUCACGUGAUGUUUCAGAUAUUAAGAGCCUCUUCAGCCAUUUUACAGAAGUAGUUUUUGGAAGAAUUGAUGUCAUGCACCUUUUAGAAAAAGCAAAUCUUGCUUUGACACUCUGCAAUGAGAAGAAGGAGGUUAUGGCCCAUGCUAUCUUUCUGGACUACCCAAAUUGGAGUAUCACUGAUCAGUCUGAUUGGGAAUCGUUCUUACAGGAAAACUACAUUAACAGUAAAUGCACUCCUUUGAACACAUUGUUCAUGCAUCUUUUUGUGGCAAAAGAAGAAUAUGCAGCUGGAUGUUCCCAGGAAAUUGUUAGGAGAGCUUUUAUCACAGUACCAGAACUGCAGUUUAUACUUCUCUUCAUACCAUCUGAUGAGAAUUUAGAGCCAGACAUAGGAAAUGUCUUUGGCAAGAUGAGGACUGUUCCAGGCUUGGUAGCAGAUACAAGGUUUAGCUUGCUUGUGUCCCCCAGACACCACUAUCACCCUCGGCUGUCUGUUCGCAAAGCAAGGUUGGAAGAUUAUGAUGAUCUCAUGCCAAUCUGGACACGUCAAAAUGAGACCCUGAAAGAAACCUAUAGUGAAUAUUUCCUUGCUGACCUCAUAGAAUGUCAAGAUGAAGAAAAUCAGGCUGUUGUUUGUGAGGAUGGUGACACUGCAGUAGGAUUCAUGAGCUUAUGUUCUCAAGUGAAUGUUUCCUUGCUUCAAGAGUGUUUUGACUUAGGGCCUUUCCAUGGCCUCUGUAAACCAUAUCCUGAAGAUAUUCUCAAAAUGCCACAGAAGCCAAACAUUCAAGAAGGUGAAGACAAAAGCAACCAAACAAGUCAAGAAAUAGAGUCUAUCUCGUCUGGAAACUUUGAACAUAUUCAUGACCAAGUAGCAGCUGUGCAGAAGGAUGGAGCCAUUACUGCUUCCCACACUGAACUGCCAUUAGGUGUCAGAGUGACAGAUUUCAAAGCUUCAGCAACCUUCCUUGAAACUGAGGGCAAAAGUGGUUUUCAUCCAGUGUACAGAGGAUCUUCAAAUGCUUUCUGUAUCCAUCUGUUUUGUAUUGAUGAGAAGCAUGAAACUAGGUCGCUGGAUUUUUUGCAUUAUGUCUUCCAGCUUUUUCCAGACAAAGACUUCUGUGUCAUCCUCGUGCCACAUCAUGUACCAGAGUUCUACCUGAUCCAGAGUUUUGUUCGGGCUGUCCCCUUCUGUACUUCCAGAUUUGGUCAUGAGCUUUAUGUGUUUCACCGCGCAGGAUUGAUCAAGUCAUUUAAUGUGAGAAGGGCAACAACCAAUGACAUACCUGGUGCUGAAAUGCUCAUGAAAACCCUUAGCUUGAAUGAAAGUAUAUUGAAUGACUUGAAGAUAUUUACUUUGGCUCACAGGGAUCCAGAUGGCAUCCCAGGGCAGGCUUUCAUAGCAGAAGUUUUGGAUCAGAUAGUUGGCAUUUCUGUCAUUAGAGAUGAAAUGGAUAUUGAGUAUAUUCAGUCACAUUACAAUGUUGAUGAUUUUAUCAAUUUUAAUCACCACCAGCCAGAGGAGCACGGACAUCUUUACCACUUUGUCUUGAAUCCUAUAUUUCAUCACUAUACAAAACACUUUCUAAAGGAGAUUCUUCGCUUGGCCCACAAGUCUUCUCUUUACUAUCCUAUUUAUCCACAGUAUGUGGAAGGCAAGUUUCAGAAUCCCUGUGCCCAUUCCCUGACAUCUGCCCUUCAUUACAUGGUUCCCGUGCGACCGAGACGACAGAUUGUCUAUCCUCUGGAAGAGCUUGGCAUAAACGCUCCAUCAGAGCAAGUCUCCAAGGAUCAGUUGAGAUAUUCUUUGAACCACAUAAAUCGGAAGCUGCUGCUGGAAUCUAGAAUGUCGGUCAACACUCGAGUUGUGGUGGUUGGUGCAUCCGAUGUUGGAAUCGCUUUUCUGGAAACACUUGUUUUCUGUCCGUAUCUGAAGUUCAACAAUCUGACCUUGAUUUCCAUUCAUGGCCUUCCAGGAAAAGACCUACUUGGCUCCAAACAUAGAAGAUUUUUAAUUAACAGCCACUGUUUUAAUGAUGAAGAUUAUGCACAGAUGUCACUUUGUUCCUGGGUUAACGUUGUGGUUGGUAAAAUGACUGGCAUAAAUCGCACUGCCAAAUAUGUAGUUGUUUCCAAGGAGAAAAAAAUACCGUAUGACUACCUUGUUCUCUGUGCUGGACAGCAGUACCAGGCCCUGUCUCCCACUGGAGCAGAUCUCAGUAAACUCCCAACUAACAGAGAAGUCAGAAGCAAGUGGCCACAAAGAUACACGGGGAAGGUCCCUUCCAAUCAUUUUACUCUAAACGACAGUCAGGAUUGCUUAAAGGCAGCGCACUGGCUGAAAGAAAAUGUUGUCAACUCAGAAGGGAACAUCAUUGUCUAUGGGAAUACAAUUGACAUUUACACCACUGUAGAAACUCUCUUAUCUCUUGGAAUUAAUGGUUCUCGCAUACAUCUGGUACAGCCUCCACCCAGCUCAACUGUUACUUGCCUUAACAACAACCAAAUCGAAAGUGCUGUUCAGGAGGCACUGUCAAAGGCUGGCGUGUCUGUUUAUUGUGACAGCAUCCUGGCACAGUGGAGCGAAGGCACCGACCCAGACCUGAUCACAUGCGCUGCUUUCACUACUAGUACAAAACCAUUUCAAUUGCAGUGCUCAGCAUUUUUCAGCUUUGCCUACAGGACAGUGGAUUAUGAAACCUUCAAGGCAAUUAAUGAUGCUUGCCUUCUUUUUGAUGGAAGACUAGUGGUCGACACCGAAUUCCGAACGAAUGAUGCCAGUGUCAGGGCUGCAGGGCCGUUAACCAAGUACCCCAGGAGAUACUGUGCAGAUGAGUGGACACACAGCAACUUCAGUUCGAAAGAGAUUGGCUUUGAGCUUGCUGCAUCCAUGCUGAAUCUCUUGGAUCCAACCUCGAAGCCCUUUCCUAAGCCAGCAGAAGGCACAGAGAGACUCAUCCCCGUGUACAAAGGGUGUAAAGCUAAAGGAGGUAUUCUUCCUGGAGGUUAUCAUUACCUGCAUAUUUCCAAACCAGAAAUCCCCAUCCGCUUGGAUUUAGAGCUCGCACUGUGUGAUCACGGGAUGGAGAUGAUAACCGGAGAGGCAAGACUUGGGAAUUAUUUCAGGAUGCAUAUCAACAAAUACAGUAUGGUAGAUAGCAUCACCUGCUUCUCAAAGGAACCCUUUCCUGUCUCCAACUACAUUUGCUUGUACGGACAGCACGAGCGUCUUCUCAACGACCUGUGUUACCGCUGGAAUGAAGGGCAGAUCAAGGAUCUGUACAGCUACUUCAGAGAGCCUUGGUCCAUGGCCAUCUAUCACGAUCGGUUUAUUGAUCUGAAGAAGGAACUGCGCCAAAUCCUGAUGUCGGAGCAGGUGCCCGGGCAGCGCCCCGCCGCGCAGACGCCCCCGCUGGAGCCCGACGAGCAGAGCCCCUGCCCGCCGCCGCUGAGCCGGCCCAUCCUCCGCUACCUGCGCCGACACCGCGCACACCUGCCCAUGUACGCCCCGGCCGCCACCGACGGCGACGGAACCCCGCAGACGGCAGGUGCCGGUUACUGACCCAGAACGGGCGCUGGACGACCAGAGGGACUGGCGGGGAGCUGGUGCAGACACCCCCUGGAAAGCACCUCUGGCAUUCCCGAGGAUG